AUCUGCCAGCCACUUUCAGUGAUCCACAAGGCCAAAGCAAUGCAGCUCCUGACCGCUAAUGACGAUCUCGCUCAACUGACAGGUGGGAGACCCCUCGAUGACAUUUCCAAGAUGCCAUCAGACGAUCGCCGCGCUGUACUCUAUGAUAUUCUUGGCGAUUGGGAAGAUGCUGUUGCGGUCGAAAUGCUAGUGCGCGACCUCACGAUCAAGGUGGAAAGGCAGGACUGUCAAUGCGGACAAUUGAUGGAAUACAUCCAGCGCCUCUCUUAUUUUGCCAAGAUGCCACAACUUCAAAAGUUUACGAUUGAAUGGUAUACUCCGCCGAAAAAUGUGGACGACGGUUUGCCUUACGACUGGAGUACGCUUUCUAGCAGUAACAGUAGUAAAGGAACCUGCUUACACAGCGUCACGGACGAUGAUAGUACUUACGAGGACGGAGGUUCUAAUGAGACUUUGAGAUGGGAGACUUCGGACGAUGAUAUCUGGAGCCUGGAUGAAGAUGUGCACGGUGCAAAUAGCCGGGAGCUGUCGGCUUUGUCAUUUGGCCGCCAUACUCUACUGCGCUUCGAUGAGACACAUCUGGAUCUCAUCGCCGUCAAUAAUGGCCAAAUGGUUGGCAAACACCCGGCCACAAUUCCUAGAGUUGCCUCUAUGACCGUCCAUUUCGCGACAUCUCUGUAUACCAAUCUUACACUGUCUCGUAAAGAAAGUCUUCAUACGCCUAGGCUCGUCAGAGCAUGGAUUGCAGCUUUGGUUUGCCACGGCAACCAUGAUUUCCAUAAGCUCAUAAUGGGCACUACUAGAGCCAAGGUCCAAUCGCUAAGGGCCAAAACAACACUAAGAACUAUACCAGCAAUGGUAAUAGCCAACUGGGGAGCAUUGGAAAAUGCUGGUCAAGAAAAACACAAUCGACGUAGCCCAGACGCAGACAAGGCAGACGAUCAAAGAUAUUCUCAGGAUGGGCUUAUUGACGAUCGCCCCUUUUGA